CCCACUUCCAACCACUACGCUACGUUUACCUCCUCCUCACUCCCCCUCACCACCCACCCCAUCAUCAUCAUCUCGGUUCGAAUCGACCACUCAAUUCCCGUCACAAUGGAUCAGGCAAAGUUGGCUCGGAUGCAGGCUAGCGUGCGGAUUGGAGGCAAGGGUACUCCCCGCCGCAAGGUCAAGAAGGUCCACAAGUCCUCGGGCGCCGACGACAAGAAGCUUCAGGCCACCCUGAAGAAGAUGAACGUCCAGCCCAUCCAGGCCAUCGAGGAGGUCAACAUGUUCAAGGAGGACGGAAACGUCAUCCACUUUGGUGCUCCCAAGGUCCACGCCUCCGUCCCCUCCAACACCUUCGCCCUGUACGGCAACGGCGAGGAGAAGGAACUCACCGAGCUGGUCCCCGGCAUCCUGAACCAGCUUGGCCCCGACAGCCUCGCCUCCCUCCGCAAGCUCGCCGAGAGCUACCAGAACAUGCAGAAGAACCAGGCCGGCGCCGAGGGCAAGAAGGACGACGAUGAGGAUGACAUCCCCGACCUCGUCGAGGGCGAGAACUUCGAGAGCAACGUCGAGUAAGCGUGUUGAAAAAAAACCCCCCCCCU